AUGGAUGACUGGAACUUCUCUUCUUCGCUCAGCGAUGAAGAGGAGUCCAUAUUUUCCGUAAAAGAAGAGGAGUGUUCAGCUGAUGACGACACCAUAUAUGAGAAUCCAGGACACGACGGAUUCGAUGGCGAUGGAGAGGAAGGACUUCAUGGUGGCAAUAUACACCCACCUGAGUACUAUCGCCAAGGCAUAUUGACCCCAGUCCAACGGGAUACGUACCAACGUUAUGCCAAGAAAACAAGACUACGUCUUAGAGAGGUUGAAGCUAUGUGGGAGCAAUUCAACGACCAGGUCCUGAAGUCUGAAAAUCCCUUCCAUUCCAUUUCCAUCCCUAUCGUGGAAAACUUCCUUGAAUGGACGAUAUGCCAAAAACUUGGCAAAAAUGGGAGACUAAAAAGAGGUACAAAGACGAGCGGCUCUCUUCAGACACGGUGGAAGCUCUUGUCAAUUGUGUACAAAGUGGCGACGGGACAGAACUUUAAGCCAUGCAUCUACGAAGGUAUAUCAGAGGUUCUGCAACGACUUACGGAGAAAUACGAUUUGCGAACCACGAGGAGAAGGAACCGUUUUAUGACCGUCGAAACCCUGAAAGCCCAGAUCGAGACCACGCUGAGCACGACAAAAAAGCGAUUCGAACUUGGCGAGCUCCGCAUCCUUGCCGUCUUAUUUCUUCUCCUCCUCGCCCCUGGGGGCUCUCGACCGGCAUCAAUUCUUUUUCUCAGAUUUGGGGAUAUCAAAGUCACUCUCGCAAGAGAUCCGGAAGGAGGGCCCCAUAACCUCAUAGUAAAGUUCACCCCGGAAUUCACAAAAACGUACCUAGGGGCCAAGGAGUCAUGCACUUUCACCGUUCCCGAGGGUAUUUUCCAUCGAUCAUUGUUCCUCAGCACACAUGUCUUUUUACUUGCAAUCUUGUUUCGUUGUGAAGCGUUCCGAGCACCAAGUCUUACCCAACCGGAAGGCAUUGAGCAGCUAACCAUUCACCCCAAGGAGGAUGAGUUACCACUACCUCUCAAACGGGAGCUGGACGACGUCUUCAUUUUUCGCCAAGCUACUAAGACACCAGAUGGCUACGCGACUUCAGCAAACAAACCUAUCACCUAUUCCAUGAUGCGAGCGUGGAUCGUGGCCCUUGGAAAAAUACAGGGCAUCGAAUGCAAUGUGAUCAUGUACUCACUGCGCUACCUCACAGGCAACAAACUCGAUCAAAGCCCUAACAUUAGCGAUUCACUUCGCAACUUGUCUCUCGGCCACACUAAUUCGGUGCCAUUCCAGAGACACUAUCUUUCUCGUGAAAUAUGUGCCGACACAUUUGCCAUUGUUCUCGGAGAAAACCCUAACCAAGCACUUGUCACACAGUCGUGCAGCAUCGCGCAUUCGACAAGUCAACGCCGGCCUACCAAGCUGACAGCGGAGCAAGUUUCAACUAUAGAGAACGAUCCAGAGAUUGUGAAGAUGCGACGCCGGCUACAGAGGAUGCAGCCACGAUCUGAACUGUACAAAAAUACGCAUCGAAAAUUACGCAACGCAAAGCAGAGGAAGACAAAUGCUAUGCUGCAGGAUGUUCGAGAAGGGUGGACCGAUAAACAGGCGGUUGAGGACAUCGAACGCCAACUUCGUGGUGAAGGGUUUGCUCCUGUGCCAGAGGACAUUUCGACUCAACCUCAACAUCCUGCACAAAAGAGAAUGAUGGAAGCGCUUACAGCUGAAGUACAGCCUACUCUUGAGGGCCAGUACAGACGGAGGAACAGAGCGAUUCAUGCUCUGAUCGCAUACUGCACUGUGGAGGAGGGGCCUGUCUCUCGAGUACGCAACGGCGGUGCAGCGAAAAAAUCACCGGCCCAAGAUACCGCAACGCACAGCGCGUUGGAGCUUGCCACGCUUUCUGUUUUCGUUUCAGACUCGAAGCAGCGACCAACUCGCUGCUUUUGGUGUGUUGGGAAGGCUCGCUUCUUACCACUUGAAGACCCUCGAAUCCCGGAACUCAUUCAUGAGUUCCAUGGUCCAAGCGACUUGACCAAGCAUUUCCGCCGGCGCCACCUUGGGAAUUUCCGGGACGAUGUUACGAUUCAAUGUCCGGUCUGUAGGCUGCGUUUGAAACACAAGAUGCAUCUACAGAACCAUGCCUUGCGUAUUCAUGGUACUGUAUCCUGACUCAAUACGAACAUAUGUCGAUUUGUAUGGCAUACUGCAAUCGGCGCAUUUAGUCCAAGCAUGCAAAAGCGCUGCUGAGAAGAUGUGGUGCGUUGAUGCCCUACAGUUCGUGCUCAGUACUCAAAGUAAAGGCCGAAAGGUGGUCUGAUGUCUGCAGGUCCCUGUUAUCUCAUAGCGACCUAAAUGCUAAAUGAAAAUGAAACCCCAC